AUGGACGGUAGUUCUGCGGGCGGCGGCGGCGGCGGCGGCGGAGGCGGAGGUAAUGAUGUGGAACUUCUGUGCAAGACGCUUCAGGUUGAGCACAAGCUAUUCUACUUCGACCUCAAAGAGAAUCCCCGUGGGCGCUACCUUAAGAUCUCUGAGAAAACCUCGGCGACCAGGUCAACCAUCAUAGUGCCCUCCAAUGGCGUCGCCUGGUUCCUCGAUCUCUUCAAUUACUAUGUCAAUUCCGACGAACAGGACGUUUUCAGCAAAGAACUCCAGCUCGAUACCAAGGUGUUCUAUUUUGAUGUUGGAGAGAACAGAAGGGGACGCUUUCUCAAAAUAUCUGAAGCUUCGGUCAGCCGCAACCGCAGCACUAUCAUUGUCCCUGCGGGAAGUGCUCGAGAUGAAGGGUGGGCAGCCUUUAGGAAUAUUUUGGCUGAAAUAAAUGAAGCGUCGGGGCUUUUCAUCCUGCCCAAUCAGCAGAACUCUGAAGCCCCAGACCGCCUAGUCGGGCUCUCAGAUGAUGUUGGAGCUGGUUUUAUAUCCAGCCAUAGUUCUCAACCAAACUCAACUGCUGACUUGAAUGUUGACCGUUCUUCUGAUUUACCCCCAUCUGAUGACAUGGGAGUCUCAAAAGUGAUAAGAGCUGAUCAAAAGAAGUUUUUCUUUGACCUUGGCAGCAAUAACAGGGGUCAUUUUCUUAGGAUAUCCGAGGUGACCGGUUCCGAUCGCUCGUCCAUCAUCCUCCCACUUUCCGGGCUGAAGCAGUUCCAUGAAAUGCUGGGUCAUUUCGUGGAGAUCACUAAGGAUAGAAUUGAGGGGAUGACUGGUGCAAAUGUUCGAACAGUGGACCCUCCUCAAAGGUGA